AUGCUACGCAUGCGUGCAGCGGGUAUUACCGCCACUAUACAAUCCGUUGAACAACGAAGAUGUAGGCCAUCGGAAUCUGCCAACGUAAACGACGUAAAGGACUCGCGUUUCGCCUGUGGCACACGUGGAGUUACGUCCACACCUGUCGCAUUUCCCCGUUACGAGUGGUUACACUCUCCUGCUAGAAUGGGGACUCCUCGAAGCGUGAUUGAUAUAAAAACUCCACCUGGAUUUCUGAUUGCACGCCAAUUCAGCACAAGGAAUAUAAGCGGCAGGUUGUUUUAUCGGCGCCGUCCCAAGAUGAUCCCUCGAUAUAAGCCCAAGAACCGUAGGUCUUGCUGGCUGGAAGGCUGCCCGCAGAAGAAAGGGGUAUGCGUUACACUUAGGGUGGUUACCCCGCGCAAGCCGAAUUCUGGAUUGCGUAAAGUAGCCCGUGUGCGCCUGAGCACUGGUAGGACGGUGACGUGUCACAUUCCCGGCGAAGGUCACAACCUUCAUACGCAUUCAGUGGUGUUGGUCCGGGGAGGCCGCUGCCAAGAUGUGAGCGGCUGCCACUACAAAGUGAUACGCGGGAAGUAUGAUCUGCUGCCGGUGAAAAACCGCGCUUCGUCUCGUUCCAAAUACGGCAUCAGGCUGUCUGACGCAGUUAUCGAGAAGCGUCGGCUGCGCAAGAACCAGUUGCACAUCAGCACAGAAUUGGACCGCGAAGUGUUCAAUACACUGUUCCUGCAUGAUUGGGUGAACCAUGAUGGGUCGCGGCGAACUGAGCCCUUGGGUCCGGAUGAGCACGUUCCCGUGGAUAUUUUCAGUUUCAACAGCCGUCUUCGCAGCAUCGUACACGCUAACAGGGGAUAG